AGGCCAGGUGAACAGCAUUACCUCCAAUCAGACUCACAACCAGCAGCAGAGCGUCAGUAACUCAUGUUUGACAAGUGAAACACACGGACUAACAACACUGCUACAACUUAUUUUACAACUUUUUCUGACAAUCAUACAAACUUGGAAGAAGCUGGUCCAUCAUGUUAAAAAUCUCUACUCUCUACUCAAGACUCUUGUUUGUCUUUGCGCUGGUCUGCGCAGCUGUCAUGUCGUUUAUCAUGCGUUCAGAUGCUGCAAGAGCCAGUCCCAUAACAACCCAAGUGGACAAGGGAGUGAAGCACAAUGUCUUGAGACGGUUGUACAUUCCUUACAGUCAACAUCAUCCCCUUUUUAUUGGUCUGCUAUCAACCGAAACUGGACUCCAACGUGGAACUAAUAGUGAAACUGAGACAAGCAGCAAUUACAGAAAAGCCUUGUCAAUCAUUGACCAUCAGUCAAACCCUCUACAGUUUACAAAAGGUAGCUUUAGUUACCAUCAAAACAUCCCAGAUAACAAACAGGCCAAAGCAGGAAUUAGUAGAGUGUGGAGUGGAGUGAGGCCAGCAAGCAGCCUUGAGACACGUCAAUCCAGAGUAAAUUACCAUCCACUCUCUCAAAAAGUUGCCCAAAAUGGAAAUUCCUAUAAUUCAGUCAUUAUUAGAAAACCAUCUUACAAAGAAGCUACCAGUCUCUUUUAUCAAAGCUCCAGUCCUUCACACAUUUGGGAGCCCAAAGAUGCUCAGAAAUCCUACAACAGAGAAAAAGUUCCUAGAAAUGACUCUCCAAAGAUGACUAAAGAUGAAACUGUUUGGCAACCCUCUGACUCUUCUCUUUUUUCAUCCCAGACGGGUACAUAUUGGAGUACUACACUGCCAACCUCAAGAGGGCAUUACAGUGGCUAUAAAGAGACAAAUGAGCUCACUGCAGCCGGGCCGUGGAGUACAUCUACUGGGAUUCAAUCAAGCAAAUUUCUCGGCUUCGCAAGUCAAACUGCCCCUCAUGCACCAUCAAUCAGCAAUAGACCAGACGCCUCUGUUAUUAAAAGCAAUCCAAGCCCAGAAAAACUGACAUCAUCAAUCACAGAUUUCUACCACGGGCCGCACUCGGUGAGAAGCAGUGAGACACCAAAACACAAAAAGCUCAUGUCGUAUCUGUUCAAGGACCCCCAGACCUCUCAUGGUGGACACGAGGCAGUUAAUACAGUCGCUGGUGAUGGACACAGAGCUCUGUCCACAACAGCACAUAAGCAAAGGCCCUCUAAUCCACAAGUUUACAGCAGGUUUUCUUCAAAUUUUAAACAAUUAGAGCAACCACAGAGAGAAGAGCCCACAAAGGGAGUACAACAUCAGUCUGAUAACGCCAAUCCACUGUAUCAAAAUACAAAUGCGGCCCAGUAUGGUGCUCAGAUAGAUAGAGCAGGAACUCAAAUCUCUGUAUAUCCUGCUCCACCGAAAGACGUUACCAUGGAAAGUUUUGUCCCGGUACCUCAUGCAGAUUUCCAGAGUAACUAUGCCACUGGCAGCGAUAAAUCUGUAGUGAGUAGCCUGGUUAUUACAACGCCAAGAGGAUCAAUGCAAGCUCACAGACCUGGCGUAACCACAAAAAGCAUCUACGGUUUGAGAGGUUUUAAGAGUCCUACAUGGAGAGCUGUGAAGGAGUCACCUGCUCUCUCCUCCAGUCGCUCUGAUGAAAGGUUCAACUCUCAGAGGUUCCGCUUUGACAAAGGAAAGUUUAAAAUCGCAAAUGUGUACCCCUCUUUGUCACCAAAGUACAGCUUUGGCCAGAGAGGAGCAUCUACUGCUACAGUGAAACCUGAGAGGGCACCCACAGAUUAUUCCUCACCUUCUCCUGGUACUUUAGACAUCAUCCAAACCAAGACCACUCCAAGGCCGUUAACAUCAGGAUUUAAGGAGGCCCGGCCUCCGCUGCCUGAAAGUGAUGCUGGUAAGGGCAGAGACCCAGAUCGCACACAGUUCAGAAACUACAGAAGAAUAUUUGGUUUCAAAGGGUUUGGCAAUCGACCACUUGAGGGAGCCAAACCUUUAGUUAGUGAACCAGACAAGUCUGCCAGAGUCCAGCAGGGUUUUAAAAGUUUUAAACUUAGAAGCUGGCAACCGAAGAGCAGCAGGAGUCACUGGUGGUACAAUAAAACAGAGCCGGGUAGCAGCCGUGUAUCCACAAAGAGUCAAAAUGAGCAAAGCAGUGAAGAGCUGAAACCACUUUUAAAGACAGCAGGAAGCACUGUUACCAGAUUUACUCCUGACACAUACAAAAAGACCCACAAAAUCAACACUCAGGGAUUUCACCCUCUGAAUGUUCAUAACAAAACCCACUGGAGGUACAAAGAACAAAACGCCUCUACAGCAUCUGCAAGUCACACAACCUCCUCAGCUUAUAUCAGAUCAGCGGUGGACCUCGAGGUCAAAUCCAGCCAAAAGUCUGAGCCAAGCCUGUCCAACAAAACCAAACUACCUGCAAUGAAGGCGAGGCUGCUCGGCAGUUCCACCAGCAGCACGGUGAGAGGCAAACGCGUGAAUGAAAAACACACUAAUGGCAAAAAGCUCAAUGAAUCUACGUUUCUGAGCAAUGGAAACCUAGCCAUAGUCAGGCUUCCCAAGCGGCCUGUUAGAGUCAAAGCUGUCACGUACUCUGAUAUUGUUGGAAGUGCUUCGUUCAGCGGCAUCAGGGCUACAACUCAGACACCAACGGCUGAUUAUUUUCCAGACGCUACAGCUGCCAUCAAGCAAAAAGCAGGGGCGGGUCAUUGGACCUUAAACUCUGAGGAUGCUGUGUAUAGUAGGGGCAACACCAGCAGAGGCCCUAAAGCACAAAAGGAAGGUGAGGAAGAAUAUUUGAGCAGCGUUGAGGAAAACAAGCGGAGAAGUGAAGAAGUUGACAGUGACGUGAAAACUUCAGGUCUGUUCCUGGAUGACGAAGGAAGUGGAAGUGGAAGUGGGGGCUUUAUUGUGUCUUCUUCAACCAAUACCACAAAGAGUCAGGGACUUAGUGAAGAUUUGUUCGAACUAGAUUAUCUACGAAUAUCAACCGGAAACAUCUCCUUCAAGUCAUUGUAACUGUCCCAUAUGAAACUUGUUUAAUUGUUCCAAUAAAAGUGGGAAACG